CUAUAUGAGGCAGAGUGUGUGCGUGGGAGUUCCUCCUUUCGCCAUUCCGGGGUGUCGCCGCACCACAGAGCGCACUGAGGGAGUCCUGCGAAGAGAGGCAGCCCAGUACGCUCCAGGCCUCUUCACACCUUCAUCCAGGCCACACGGUUCCCCAGCAUGCCCCAGAAGACAGGUAUCCGCUCAUCAUUUCCCCAGAGACCCGCCGCAGACCUCCCCAGCAGCCCCGUUUGAAAGAUUACGGCGACACCGAGGGAUGCUACUGCAGCAAACGCACCCCGCAACUGCAAACAUUCUCGACGUCUGCCCGAGGACCAGAUACAUUUGGUUGGCCCCUGACAGAAGCCCCCGAGGAUGUCCGACAGCGGUGCGAGCAUGAACUCCGACGAUCGGCCGGUUAAAACGGUCCCCUUCCCCCUGAGCCACAGGCUCUCCAUGAAGGAGGUGUUUGACUGUGAGGGGAAGCCCAGAGUAGACCUGCUAAAAGCCCACCUCACCAAGGAGGGUCGUCUGGAGGAGGUGGUGGCCCUACGUAUCAUCAAUGAGGGAGCCGCCAUCCUGCGCCAGGAGAGGACCAUGCUGGAUAUAGAGGCCCCAGUCACAGUGUGUGGAGACGUCCACGGUCAGUUCUUUGACCUGAUGAAGCUGUUUGAGGUGGGCGGUUCCCCCGCGACGACACGCUACCUCUUCCUAGGGGACUACGUGGACCGGGGCUACUUCAGUAUUGAGUGUGUGUUGUAUCUGUGGUCGUUGAAAAUCCUCUACCCAAAGACGUUAUUUCUUCUACGGGGAAACCAUGAAUGUAGACACUUGACAGAAUAUUUCACUUUCAAAACAGAAUGUAAGAUAAAGUACUCUGAGCAGGUGUAUGACUCGUGUAUGGAUGCGUUUGACUGCCUGCCGCUGGCUGCUCUGAUGAACCAGCAGUUCCUGUGUGUCCAUGGAGGGCUCUCACCAGAGAUCCACACGCUCGACGACAUCAAAAAGCUGGACAGGUUCAAGGAGCCUCCAGCGUUCGGACCCAUGUGUGACCUGCUGUGGGCCGACCCACUGGAGGACUUUGGCAACGAGAAGACACAAGAAUACUUCGGCCACAACACAGUCAGAGGCUGCUCCUACUUCUACAGUUACCCUGCGGUGUGUGAGUUUCUACAGACCAACAAUUUAUUGUCUGUCAUCAGAGCACAUGAAGCGCAGGAUUCUGGGUACCGGAUGUACAGAAAGAGUCAGACGACAGGCUUCCCCUCCCUCAUCACCAUCUUCUCAGCACCUAACUACCUGGAUGUCUACAACAACAAAGCGGCGGUUCUGAAGUAUGAGAACAACGUGAUGAACAUCCGCCAGUUCAACUGUUCCCCUCAUCCCUACUGGCUGCCCAACUUCAUGGAUGUCUUCACCUGGUCUCUGCCCUUCGUUGGAGAGAAAGUGACAGAGAUGCUGGUGAAUGUUCUCAGUAUCUGUUCAGAUGAUGAGCUCAUGGAGAAUGACGGAGAGGAAGAGGUCUAUGAUGCCAAUGCAGCGGCAGCUAGGAAAGAGGUGAUCAGGAACAAGAUCCGUGCCAUAGGGAAGAUGGCCAAAAUGUUCCAAGUUUUACGGGAGGAGAGUGAGAACGUACUGACCCUGAAGGGACUGACACCCACUGGCAUGCUGCCCAGCGGAGUUCUGUCUGGAGGCAAGCAGACUCUGCAGAGUGCUACCAUUGAGGCCAUUGAAGCCAUCGAUCCUGUUGAGGACUCAGAAGCGAUCCGAGGCUUCUCUCCUCAACAUAAGAUCAAUAGCUUUGCGGAGGCCAAGGGUCUGGACCGGAUCAACGAGCGCAUGCCCCCCCGCCGUGACGCCGUCAACAGUGUGGGUGUCUCCAUGGGCCGCAUGAACAUGGGGGAGCCCAACGGCACCGACAACAACAGCAAUAUACAGUGAUGGACACACACACAUUUAUACAUAAACACUAAUACACACACUUAUAUAUAAAGUACAUACCCACACAUACACACAUUUGACUUACACACUUAAAGUAAAACACACUUACGGUAAACAUACUUAGACAUGCACUUAAACAAGGAUCAUACAGAACACACAGUCAACAUAUAGACCUACACAUACACAGUAAUGGUACACACACCAUCCUCCUCCCCCUCCCCUGGCCUGUUGCUCCCCAGCCCUUCUCUCUACCCGUUUGACAAGACUGUGCCAUGGAUGGACCAGACCUCCUAUUGGACAAACUGUACUGCAGGUUCCAUCACUCCCUGACCUGGUCACACACUACUACCGACCUCUGACCUGACCACCUGACCACACUACACUACGGAACACUCUACUGGACGUUCUGGAACACUCCAAUGCAAAACAAAGAGAUCAUGUUCUGUUCUAAUUGUGUAGUGGGGCUGACUGGGGGACAUAUGUUACCUUUCUGUUAUGUUGGGGGCAGAGGGAGGGUAGGGCUGACUGGGUGACAGAUGUUACCUUUCUGUUAUGUUGGGGGCAGAGGGAGGG